AUGGCGGCGUUGUACACCUUGGUCGCGUUGCUUGUCGUACUGGUGUCUUCAGUAUCGUCAAAGCAUAUGCUUAUUGGCUACUUUCCAAACUGGCUUUAUGCAAAUUAUCCUGUAGAACAAAUCCCUUACACUGAAUACACUCACAUCAACUAUGCAUUUUCAAUGUUGAACGAUGAAAGCAACUUGCCUUCCUUCCCGGAUGACUGGGCCGUCGAAGCCUAUUUGCCAAAGAUUGUGGACUUGGCUCACCAAGCAGGCACCAAAAUCUUACUUUCGAUUGGUGGAUGGACCGGCUCCCAACGGUUCAGUCCCAUGGUAGCGUCUGCUGACGCUCGCAAAGCAUUCAUUGACUGGAAUUUGAAUUUCAUCGAGACCUAUCAAACGGACGGUGUUGAUUUGGAUUGGGAGUAUCCAGGCCGUCAAGGAGCCGGUUGUAAUGAAGUCGCACCCAAUGACGCAGAAAAUUUCUUGCUGCUCUUGCAAGAACUUCGUCAGGCAUUGGAUCAGCGGUUCCCGGAUAACCACAAGGAAGUCUCUAUGGCCGUCCACGUUGAUCCUUUUACCGGUCCUGAUGGCACGCCCAUGAAGGAUGUGAGCGGCUUCGCUUCAGUCGUUGACCAUAUCAACUUGAUGACUUAUGAUAUCAAUGGCGCAUGGGCUGAAGAAACAGGUCCUAAUGCACCUUUCCAAUACGAAGACGGCAAGGGUGCCAGUUACUCUUUUGUUGAAAGCAUUCGCAAGUGGAAAGAAGCAGGUAUUCCAGGCGAAAAGCUGACAGCCGGUCUUGCGUUCUAUGGUCGAUCCAUGCAAGCACAAGUGGACAUGACCGAAAACCCAUUGUCGCAAUACCAAGCAGCCAAGGUCGGUGCACCCAAGGGCGAUGCCGAUGAUGCUUACUGGAGCAACCCUUACUGUGCAGCAGAUAUCGAUGGCACAUCCGGUGUAUGGAAGUGGCGCAACCUGCGAUCGGAGGGUGUGAUUUUGGAUGAUCUAAAGAGCCCCGGUGAGGGAUGGCAACGUUAUUGGGACGAUGUCUCCAAGACCCCAUGGCUCUUUAAUGCUCAAAACAACAUUUAUAUCUCGUACGAUGAUCCGCAAUCGAUUCAGAUCAAGGUCGAUCAUGCUUUAUGUGAAGAUAUUGCUGGUGUCAUGGUUUGGGACUUGCAUCAAGAUAAUGGUGAGCUGCUCCGUGUGGCCAACACUAUCCAUAAUGACGCCGCUCCAGAAAACUGCCCAUCCGAAGCCAAUACUGUCAUCCAUGCUUUUCCUCAAGAACAACAAUCAUCUGCACAAGUGGUUGCCUCUUCCUCUGUUGCUAGCAUGUCUCAACAAUCACCUGCUGUUGUUGUCCCCAUUCCCAAAGCUUCAUCCUCGGCAUCCCAGGUCGCCGCCCAAAACAGCCGCACGUUCGCAGCCACAUCAGGUCUGGCCAUGCCAACAGCAGCAGCAUCAUCCAAUCCCGCAGUAGCCGCAUCGUCGCCUUCCUUGGUCGUCGCUCAAGAGGACUGCCCUGUCAUUGGUGAGCAACGUUGUAUCAGCAGUGGCCAGUCGGCUCACUGGCUUACUUGUAGCUUUAACAAGUGGGUCCAGCGCUCUUGCUCAUCGGGAUCGGUGUGCCAUGAUGAUCAAGGUUUCUUGUUCUGUGGUUUCCCCAAAGUAUAAAUUUUAUAUUUUAGUUAUUUUUCUGUGCUGCUAUGGCUAUUUAUGUGAUAUAUAUAUAUAUUUAUAUAUACGAUUUAUUCAUUUGAACGUUUAUGCUGCUUUGAGGAGUGUGUGUGUGUGUGUGUGUGUGUGUGGCUUUUGGGAUAAAAAGUAAAUAAUGUGCUGUGUGUGUUUAUACAAAGAGCUGUCG